AUGUUUGCUCAUAUCUUGAAAACAUUGCUUCUUGGAAAGCAGCUGACUAACAGUUCAUUCACCUGUGCUUUCAAUGAGGGAAUGAACCUUUUGUUAACGAAGUCUACUUGCGGAAAGAGAAAGCCGUCUGUUGGCAGAGAUAUAAAGAGGACAACGAAUUAUUACUUUCUUUCAUUCUUUCUUUCUUUGCAUCGUUUCCUUCGUCUUUCCUUUAUAUUUUUUGUUCGUUUCUUUCUUUCUUUCUUUAUUUCUUUCUUUCUUUCUUUCUCUCUUGCUUUCUUUCUUUCUUUAGAUCUUUUCUAUCAUCUUUCCUUUAUAUUUUCGUUCGUUACUUUCUUUCUUUCUUUCUUUCUUUCUUUCUUCAUUUCUUUCUUUCUUUCUUUCUUUCUCUCUUUCUUUCUUUCUUUGGAUCUUUUCUUUCGUCUUUCCUUUAUAUUUUUGUUCGUUUCUUUCUUUUUUUCUUUCUUUCUUCAUUUCUUCAUUUCUUUCUUUCUUUCUUUCUUUCUUUCUUCAUUUCUUUCUUUCUUUCUUUCUUUCUUCAUUUCUUCAUUUCUUUCUUUCUUUCUUUCUUUCUUCAUUUCUUCAUUUCUUUCUUUAUUUCUUUCUUUCUUUCUUUCUUUCUUUGGACUUUUUCCUUUGUCUUUCCUUUAUAUUUUGUUUAUUUUGUUGUUUCUUUUUUCUUUCCUUCUUUCUUUCUUAUAUUAUUUCUUUCUUUCUUUCUUUCUUUCUUUCUUUCUUUCUUUCUUUCUUUCUUUGGAUAUUUUCUUUCGUCUUUCCUUUAUAUUAUUUGUUCAUUUCUUCCUUUCUUUCCUUCUUUCUUUCUUUGGACCUUUUCCUUGGUUCGUUCUUUUCUAUUUUGUUUAUUUGUUUGUUCGUUUCUUUCUUUCUUUCUUUCUUUCUUUCUUUGAACCUUUUCGUUCAUCAUUCUUUUAUAUUUUGUUUCUUUCUUUCUUUCAUUCUUUCUUUCUUUGCAUCUUUUCCUUCGUCUUUCCUUUAUAUUUUUGUUCGUUUCUUUAUUUCUUUCUUUCUUUCUUUGAACCUUUUCCUUCAUCAUUCUUUUAUAUUUUGUUUAUUUGUUUGUUCGUUUCUUUCUUUCUUUCUUUCUUUCUUUCUUUCUUUCUUUCUUUGCAUCGUUUCCUUCGUCUUUCCUUUAUAUUUUUUGUUCGUUUCUUUCUUUCUUUCUUUCUUUCUUUCUUCAUGUCUUUCUUUCCUUCAUUCUCUUUUGCUUUCUUUCUUUCUUUCUUUCUUUGGAUCUUUUCUGUCGUCUUUCCUUUAUAUUUUCGUUCGUUACUUUCUUUCUUUCUUUCUUUCUUUCUUUCUUUAGAUCUUUUCUGUCGUCUUUCCUUUAUAUUUUCGUUCGUUACUUUCUUUCUUUAUUUAUUUCUUCAUUUCUUUCUUUCUUUCUCUUUCUCUCUCUUUCUUUCUUUCUUUCUUUGGAUUUUUUCUUUCGUCUUUCCUUUAUAUUUUUGUUCGUUUCUUUCUUUUUUUUCAUUCUUUCUUCAUUUCUUUCUUUCUCUUUCUCUCUCUUUCUUUCUUUCUUUCUUUGGAUUUUUUCUUUCGUCUUUCCUUUAUAUUUUUGUUCGUUUCUUUCUUUUUUUCCAUUCUUUCUUUAUUUCUUUCUUUCGUCAUUUCUUUCUUUCUUUCUUUCUUUCUUUGGAUCUUUUCGUUCGUCUUUCCUUUAUAUUUUUUGCUCAUUUCUUCCUUUCUUUCUUUUUUUCUUUUUUCAUUUUUUUUGGACCUUUUCCUUCAAUCUUUUAUAUUUUGUUUAUUUGUUUGUUCGUUUCUUUCUUUCUUUCUUUCUUUCUUUCUUUCUUUCUUUCUUUCUUUCUUUCUUUACAUUUCCUGCAUCUCUAA